GGAAGCAAUGUAAUCUUACAUUUUUAACUCGACAAUCGGCAAUCAUCAAUACUUUUUACACUUUAUAUUGUUCGUUCAUCACGGGCUCGUUCGAUAUUGUGUGCAAUUGCUUAUUGCAAUGUUUCCAUCUUACCUAGUUCAUCUCUCUAUGUUCUCAGCCGCAUAUCAGGAUCCUCGUACCAUCCGUCAAUAUUAUCAAAUCAUCACUAUCUAGAUGAACCAACCCCAAAAUACAUACUUGGAUACCAAUUUGAUGUACGGGUCGUAGUGCUCAAGGUACCUGGGCUUACUUCCCCCGUUCUGCAAAAUGUCAUGACAAAUGUAUGGUCAAAGUCCAACAAACAAAUUCUCGUUACCAUCAAGUUCAAAUAACCCCGAGAAGCCAGCUAGUCCUGCGGCCGCAAAGAAAUACCUUACCAUGAAGACAGCGGCUAGCGCUUUGAAAGAUUCUUGUGGGUUGAGGUCAAUUUUGAGAACUAAGCAGGUCUGCGGAGAUGCUAAUCAUGAUCAUUUCAUGUGCAAACAUUUGCAGAUUAAUGUCAUCGUUGCUCCGAUAACUAAUUGA